UGUUACUCUCUCUCUCCCUCUCCCUCUCUUUCUGUUUCUCAUUGUGGUUGGUUCAUGUCAAUGGCAGACAUUUCAUUUGGUUUAGGAUUACUCUGACAUGUUGACAGACCAGGAUUCAGUUUCAGGGGAUGUGAGAUCUUUCAUUAACUGCUGUUCUUUUGACAAGAAGAGUUGACAAUAAUUCAACACAGCACCAUGAGUGAGUCAGUAGAAUCCACAUCAUCAUCAUCAACAUCACACCCUGUGGACAACGACCAGUCAGCCUCCUGCCCUGCUGCCACAGCCCCUCGCAAAACAGUCCGGCUCCAGGAGAGACGGGGAUCCAAUGUGUCCCUGGUGCUGGGCGUGAGCAGUCUCAGUCUGGAAGCAGUGGAGACCCUAUGCUCCAUCUCCACUCCCAGAGAGACCAUCCUCCACCUGCUGAGGACCUCCACACGCCCUCUGACCCCCUCUCAGCUGCAGGAGGCGUCUGAAGAGACCAGCAGGCUGAACUCAGAGUACCAGAAAAUUCCUCCAAACUUUGUGAACCCUUCAGAGCUGGAUAUUCCAGGACGAGCUUUAAAGGACAGAUACAAGACCAUACUGCCAAAUCCUGAGACCCGUGUGUGUCUGAGGAACCCCGCAGCAGAGGAGGCGGGUGAUACUGGGAGAUACAUCAACGCUAACUACAUAAAGGGUUACAACGGUGCACCUAGCGCCUACAUCGCCACCCAGGGCCCCAUGCUCAACACCGUGCACGACUUCUGGGAGAUGGUGUGGCAGGAGAGAUCCACCACCAUUGUCAUGAUCACCAAGCUGAAGGAGAAGAAGGAGAAGUGUGAGCUUUACUGGCCAGAGAAGGAGGGCAGCUAUGGCAGUUUUGAGCUCAGAGUGGCCAUUGUGAAAGAAUGUGAUGGCUACACAAUUCGAGACAUAAUUAUUCAGGUGGGCUCAGAGAGCAGGCAGGUGAGGCACUACUGGUACUCCACAUGGCCAGACCACCAGACUCCAGACUGUACUGGACCUCUGCUCAGACUGGUGGCGGACGUGGAGGAAGACAAGCAGUCCCACCCCGGCCUAGGAACCACCAUCGUCCAUUGCAGUGCAGGGAUUGGUAGAACAGGUUGUUUCAUCGCCAGCAGCAUUGGAUGCCUGCAGCUAAAACACACCAGUAAGGCUGACGUGCUUGGAAUCGUCUGCAAGCUACGCCUCGACAGGGGUGGUAUGAUACAGACCAGUGAGCAGUACCAGUUCCUGUACCUUACCCUGGCCCAGUACAGCCGACAGCUGGUGAACACAGACUGUGGCUCAGAGAGCCCAGUCCCUGUUCCUGUCCAGACUGGCAGUACUACAGGAGAAACGUGGUGACAGUGAAAGCCCAGCUGAAGCUCUGUCUUUCUGUAUGGGAGGACAAGAUUCUGGAACUCUGUCUUUCUGUAUGGGAGAACAAGAUUCUGGAACUCUGUCUUUCAGUAUGGGAGAACAAGAUUCUGGAACUCUGUCUUUCUGUAUGGGAGAACAAGAUUCUGGAACUCUAUCUUUCUAUAUGGGAGAACAAGAUUCUGGAACUCUGUCUUUCUGUAUGGGAGAACAAGCUUCUGGAACUCUAUCUUUCUGUAUGGGAGAACAAGAUUCUGGAACUCUGUCUUUCUGUAUGGGAGAACAAGCUUCUGGAACUCUGUCUUUCUGUAAUGGGAGAACAAGAUUCUGGAACUCUGUCUUUCUGUAUGGGAGAACAAGCUUCUGGAACUCUGUCUUUCUGUAAUGGGAGAACAAGAUUCUGGAACUCUGUCUUUCUGUAUGGGAGAACAUGAUUCUGGAACUCUGUCUUUCUGUAUGGGAGAACAAGAUUCUGGAACUCUGUCUUUCUGUAUGGGAGAACAAGAUUCUGGAACUCUGUCUUUCUGUAUGGGAGAACAAGCUUCUGGAACUCUGUCUUUCUGUAUGGGAGAACAAGAUUCUGGAACUCUGUCUUUCUGUAUGGGAGAACAAGAUUCUGGAACUUUGUCUUUCUGUAUGGGAGAACAAGAUUCUGGAUCUCUGUCUUUCUGUAUGGGAGAACAAGCUUCUGGAACUCUGUCUUUCUGUAUGGGAGAACAAGCUUCUGGAACUCUGUCUUUCUGUAUGGGAGAACAAGAUUCUGGAACUCUGUCUUUCUGUAUGGCAGAACAAGAUUCUGCAACUCUGUCUUUCUGUAUGGGAGAACAAGCUUCUGAAGCUCUGUCUUUCUGUAUGGGAGAACAAGCUUCUGGAACUCUGUCUUUCUGUAUGGGAGAACAAGCUUCUGGAACUCUGUCUUUCUGUAUGGGAGAACAACAUUCUGGAACUCUGUCUUUCUGUAUGGGAGAACAAGAUUCUGGAACUUUGUCUUUCUGUAUGGGAGAACAAGAUUCUGGAUCUCUGUCUUUCUGUAUGGGAGAACAAGCUUCUGGAACUCUGUCUUUCUGUAUGGGAGAACAAGAUUCUGGAACUCUGUCUUUCUGUAUGGCAGAACAAGAUUCUGCAACUCUGUCUUUCUGUAUGGGAGAACAAGCUUCUGAAGCUCUGUCUUUCUGUAUGGGAGAACAAGCUUCUGGAACUCUGUCUUUCUGUAUGGGAGAACAAGCUUCUGGAACUCUGUCUUUCUGUAUGGCAGAACAAGAUUCUGGAACUCUGUCUUUCUGUAUGGGAGAACAAGAUUCUGGAACUCUGCUCAUGUGCUGUCUGUGGCAAUCUCAUCCCCUUGACUGUGACAGUUAUUUCAGCAUUUUUAUGGGCACGUGGGACUGGUUUGAAUUGUAUUGAAAUUCAUGAAUACUCAUUUUGUCCAUAUUUGCUACCCUGAUAAUAAAUAUGUUAUGCCCUUGGCUUUAA